UUACAGCACGUAAACGCAAGAGGAAGAAGAUUUGGGUAUGAAAUAGAAAGUAAACAAUUUCUUAGUUUGUUCUUUUUUUUUUUUGCAGCAACUGUAACCCAACCGGUCCGCAGAGAAGAGAAAGAAAGGGGCAGCGAGGGAGGAGCCAAGUAAUCGAAGUGAGAGACAGCCCGAGAGAAAGCCAGCCAAUCAUAACUCCCUUUAGCAUGGACCAAUAGCAACCUUACUUGCCUGGCAAAUCUGCCUUGCAGUGAGGCAGACAGAAAAUGGGGCUGGGCAUAGUAGGGGAGGGGCUGCUGGGGAAUUGGUUUGCUGUCUAUGACACUCCUGGAUGCCUUUCAGGAAGCUGCAGCACGGGGGAAUUCUUCACUGAGAAGCUGUGGGAAUGAUUUGCGGGUAGGGAGAGCAGAUGUAGCGACUGUCUAGUGGCACAUUCACAAGUAUUCAGCAGGCGGCGGAUGGUGCCCGCACUCCGGGUUAUGCAGAUUAUGCAUAGACUGCCUUUGCACCUGUCCUGUGAGCGCCUCUGGGUGAAGGUGCUCCUUGGGCAUUUAUUUGCUCAGGCCUACCUUCCCCUGCUUGUGAGGGCAUGUAAGAAGUUUAAUCGAGCCGGAGCUGAGGAGAUUAAGUGUCUGGAGCAUCUGGGCUAGAAUAGAAAGGGCAGGGGAUUUCGGGGCCAGAAUACUGGUAGCCACAGAUUCCCACCGCAGUAGUUCUAGCCGGAAGAUUUUUGGAAGGCUGGGAUGACAAAGAAGAGUGACCCUGAAAUAACUACAGAGCUUGGGGCGAUGCUCACUGAUUGACUGGGGAGUGAGGACAGAUGGUUUGCUGAUGACAGGAAUGCUAGCACUUAGGAAAGCAAGGAAGAAACUCAGGAUGGGGACCAUAUGCUCCCCCAACUCAGGAGGGACAAAGACCGAAGAAGUCUGCAAUGCCGACUGGAUGGGCUCGCUCCCCCCUCGCCUCAGCACAUUCCCCCUUUCCAAUCUGGCUAUCCCAGGGUCACAUGAUUCUUUCAGCUACUGGGUAGAUGAAAAGUCUCCCGUGGGACCAGACCAAACUCCAGCUAUCAAAAGACUUGCCAGGAUCUCCUUUGUAAAAAAGCUGAUGAAGAAAUGGUCUGUGACACAGAACCUGACGUUCAGGGAGCAGCUAGAGGCAGGGAUUCGCUACUUUGACCUGCGUGUGUCAUCCAAGCCGGGAGAUGCUGACCGGGAGAUUUACUUCAUUCACGGUCUUUUUGGCAUCAAAGUCUGGGAUGGGCUGAUGGAAAUCGACUCCUUCCUCACACAGCAUCCCAAAGAGGUUGUCUUCCUGGACUUCAACCACUUCUAUGCCAUGGAUGACGCUCACCAUGAAUACCUGAUUCAACGGAUCCAAGAGGCAUUUGGAACCAAGCUCUUCCCAUCUGAGAGAGUGGAGAAUGUGACCCUGAGUACACUGUGGGAGAAAAAAUGCCAGGUUCUUAUUUUCUACCAUUCUCCCCUGUCCAUGCAAUACCCUUUCUUGUGGCCAGGGCACAGGAUUCCAGCACCAUGGGCCAACACAACAUGCGUGAGGAAACUCAUACUCUUCUUAGAAACAACUCUUGGUGAAAGAGCUCCCCAUGGAUUUUUCCAUGUCUCCCAAGCUAUUCUCACACCCAGAGUGAAGACCAUUGCUCGAGGCCUGGUUGGUGGUCUCAAGAACACCCUGGUGCACAGGAACCUUCCUGUGAUUUUGAACUGGGUGAAGACACAGAAACCUGGAGUCCUGGGUGUCAACAUCAUCACAUCUGACUUUGUUGACUUGGUGGACUUUGCUACAACUGUCAUUGAGUUGAAUAACCUCCUUCUACAAGGGGACAGAGCUCUGGCUAAAUGCUGAUUUUCUUUUUAUUUAACUUCAUAUUGAAUUUAUUGAUUCAGGGCAGGGUUUUGACAGGUGUCCCUACCAAUGGGUAGUACUCCCUGGACAGAUUUUGGAAGUGAAGAAGAGGAGGUCCUUUUUUUUUAUUCAAAGGUCCUCUUGCAUAAUGUUGACAAUACUUUCGAUUUCAAUUUUCCAGAUGAAGCUUUUGACAUACUGGAAAGUCCAAGGGAAAAAAAAUCCCACUUUAAAUAAUCAAUGUCAUAGUUUCUUUUCACUGGAUCAUAGGAUGUAUUCAUUGGUCAGGAAUGUGAAGAUUAGGCCUCAUCAGGAUAUUUUGUGUCCAUUAUCUGGCUUCUUUCUCUUAUGUCUUUCAAGAUAUUGUGUUUGAGCCUGAAGCUCAAGUGAGCAUCCCUGAUCAGAGAAACAUUCUAUUCCAAGUGUUUUCUGUCCUGUGGUAGAUAGAGCACCUACCUAGGAUUCUGAUGGGGUCCCCCCAGUCAGAAAAAGAGCUGGUAUUAGGAAGGGAGCUGGGUAUUAAAUAACCCUCUUCUAAGAGCCAGAUGGUAGGACUUAGCAUGGUGUGGUUAGUAAGAGGGCUGACUAUUUUAUUGCUUGCUCUGGUCACAUGCUGAUUUCCUCAGAGGCCCAGGGCCCAGGAAUUUGGAUAUCAGGUGUAUUUUAUAGUCCCAAAAUAUUACUUCCUUUCCAUUUGUUUUAAUUGCACAUAAGAAAAAGAAAGAGAGAAGAUAAUUUUAAACUUAGGAUUGAAAAUGGUUACAUUUGCAUGCUUUCUCACCUCUCUUUUUGUUUUGUUUUGGAAUUAUUUCCCAAUGGACUUCCAGUUGAACUCUAAAUCAUUUUAGCAGAGGCCUCUUUGGAGCAGUGUCUUCAAGCCAGCUACCAAGAUUACAGUCAGCUCAGGAGUACAUCUGGGAUCGGUGUCUGAAUUUUGUGACAUCAUGACAAGAAUAUGUAUCAAGUGAUGAUGCCAUAAUAAACUGAAGCAAAAUCACAAUUGAAAAGUGCAGUGGCAUUACAUGGGCAUGUUCCAGUUGGGUUUGGAGCCAUUCCGUGAUUCUUUGGAAACAAGACUACCUCGGGGACAUUUAGGAUGGUUUGUGUGUCAUCCAAAACCAAAAUAUAACAGAACCCAAUGUACCAAUAUUCCAUGUUAAUUUUUCAAAUUGAUCAGCUUCCUGCAAGAUAUUUGGAGUUAGACUAACUAUCAAUGGAUGAAGGGCUUUGGAACUCAAAAGAAAACUUUUAUUGAUUGACAAGAGGUGCUUACUCUGUUAAGAGAGCUCUUUUCUCAUGUUAUUUAGGUAUUUAUUUACUUAUUUAUUUAUUUAUACAUAUUAUAUUGACAGUGCUUCCUAGGUCAGAAGCAUUCAUGAUGGAUCUUCCAGAAUUCCUUCCUGCCUGGGACAGACAAGUUUAAUAUUUUCCCUUCAAUGACAAGACCACCUUUCUCAAUCCAGCUAUGUGUGAUUCUCAGUCUACUGUUGACCUUCACUCGAAGCUGCCCUUUUUCUUAUGCCAUCUAAGAACUUUGUGAAUUUGGUAGACUUUCUAGAAUCAUUCUUGCUGCACCAAUGCAACAGCUGAGGAGGAAAUGGAUGAGAACCACCACUUCCCAUCUCAUCUUUGGAGGAAGCCUUUCACUGUAAAAUGAAUGCUAGGAGGAAAAAACAGGGAAAGUUAGUAUGCAUUUCUACUCAUCUGGAACUGGUUGCUGAGUACCUUGGAACAGCAUGGAAUACUCUAGAAAUGACAGCCUCUUCAUCUUGAAAGAGAAGGGAAAAACCCAGAUGCCAAAUGUAUCUGUGUUUUGGUGGUAAGGGAAGGGAACACACACAUACACACACAUACACACACACA